AUGUCACUAAUAUAUAAGGACACCUUGAAAAUCAGUCAAGCUCAACUAGAUCACUGGAACAAAACACUCAGUAAUCUAAACCCUGACGAGAUUAUUAAGUGGGCCAUUUUGACUUUCCCAAACUUAUAUCAGACAACGGCUUUUGGGCUCAGUGGAUUGUGUAUUCUGGACAUUCUGAAUAAGUUAGGUUUCAUCGUAGAACUGGUAUUCAUCGAUACGUUGUACCAUUUCCCGCAGACGCUGGAUCUCAUUUCUAAAGUGAAAACCAGAUAUCCUGACCACAAAUUACACGUGUUCAAGCCCGAGGGUUGUUAUACGGAGGAGCAGUUCAGAGAUAAAUAUGGUGACGAACUUUGGGAAAAGGACCAGCUAAAAUAUGAUUUCGUGGCCAAAGUGGAACCCUUGGAAAGAGCUUAUAAACAGCUUAAUAUUCAGGCUGUGUUUACAGGUAGACGAAGAUCUCAAGGUGCAGCCAGAGCCCAGUUACCCGUUGUGGAUAUUGACGAGGCUGUGGGAAUAGUGAAGAUUAAUCCACUAGUCAACUGGAGCUUUGAGGAUGUUCAGAAAUACAUUAAGUUGCACAACGUUCCCUAUAACGAACUUUUAGAUUUGGGCUAUAAAUCGGUGGGGGACUGGCAUUCCACUUCCCCAGUUAAGGAGGGAGAAGACGAGAGAAGUGGAAGAUGGAAGGGUCAAGUAAAGACUGAGUGUGGAAUUCACCAGACAUCGAAGUACAGAAAGUUUUCAGAGCAAGAAGAACAGCUAGAUAAAUGA